GAGAGAACUCGGACAUCACAUCUGCACACGAAAAGCCUCUCUUUCUCUCUCCUCUCGCAAGGAACUACUUCACUCCAGGAAUUAGACCGUCCCUCAGUGGAGACGCGAUGGAGAACGCUCCGGAAUUCUUAGCGCGCGGUGUGGAAGGUCUGCUGGCUGAUCUAGAAGUGCCAUGAAAGCACCACCAUCUCCUGUGGCCUGUGUGGUGUCCACUAGACUUAAUAUAAAGUGACUGACCCUGGCAAAGAAGACUUGAGGCAAAGGAUCCAGAACAUCGCAGCAACAUCCAGGAAACUUGUAUAGUAGCCGUUGUCUUUGUCAUGGAAAACAUCACGCACUUGGCCGCAGUGUUUGUGGACCCUCACGGCCAAGUGCCCACAGAGGAGCACGAUCCCUUCCAGGACCUCUAUGAUAUGGACUAUGGGGUCCCAGCGGAGGAGAUGCCGGACACCACGCAGGGGCUGGCGUAUUUUGUGGCCACCAUCGUUAUCGGAGUCGUUCUUGUUUGCAUCAUGCUGGUGUGCGGCAUCGGCAACUUUCUGUUCAUAGCCACCCUGGCCCGGUACAAGAAGCUGCGGAACCUCACCAACCUUCUGAUUGCAAACCUGGCCAUCUCGGACUUCAUCGUGGCCGUGGUGUGCUGCCCUUUCCUGGUGGAUUACUACGUGGUGAAACAGCUGUCCUGGGACCAUGGGAAAGUGCUGUGUGCCUGCGUGAACUAUCUUCGAACUGUGUCCUUAUACGUGUCCACCAAUGCCUUAUUGGCCAUCGCUGUGGACAGAUACAUGGCAAUCGUUCACCCCUUAAGGCCGAGGAUGAAACAUCAGACAGCCUACUGCCUGAUCACUGGAGUGUGGAUUGUUCCGGUCCUCAUAUCCAUACCUUCUGCCUACUUCACUUCGGCGAAUAAGGUGCCCCACAGUGCCAACCGUAGCAAGACCUUUUGCGCUCAGAUCUGGACGGUGGACAAACAGCUCUACUACCGGUCCUACUUCAUUUUCAUCUUCGCCGUGGAGUUCCUGGGCCCCGUCGUCACCAUGGCCCUGUGCUACAUCCGCAUCUCCAGGGAGCUGUGGUUCAAGAACGUGCCCGGCUUCCAGACGGAGCAGAUCCGAAAGCGCUUGCGCUGCCGGAGGAAGACGGUCAUGGUGCUCAUCGGAAUCCUCACAGCAUACAUCCUGUGCUGGGCCCCGUACUACGGCUACACCAUCCUGCGCGACUUCCACCCAACCAUCAUCUCCAGGGAGAAGAACUCGCUGGUGGCCUUCUACAUCAUCGAGUGCAUCGCCAUGAGCAACAGCAUGAUUAACACCUUCUGCUUCGUCAGCGUGAAGAACAACACGGUGAAGUACUUCAAGAGGAUCGUGCUGCUCCGCUGGAAGUCCACCUACACCUCCAGGAAGACGGUGGAUGAGACAGAGGUGAGGACGCUGUCCAUUCCUGUGACAGAAGAGAUUGACUGCAUACGACUGAGGUGAAGAUAGAUUCACAGUGGGUUUAUGCCACUUCAGCAAGCUAAAGCCCUGGAGUCCUGGUGCUCUUGGUGGAGAACAGGACUUGCUGACACUGCAUAGCACAGAUAUUAACCAUAAUUGGGUAACCA